AUGGCGGCUCUGUCUUGCAGUAGCUGUUUUGACGCUUCGGGACCGCAUAAAAUCCUUCCGUGUGCCCAUUCCUUCUGUUGGCGAUGUCUCGUCAAGUGUGCCGACCGAAAAGCGGAUCUCUCCUGUCCGAUCUGCGGUGUUGUGGUGCGCCUACCACCGCAGGGAGUCCGCGGCCUCAGCGCCCACUUCCUCGUGGAUGACCUCCUGGAAAAAUUCGACCGCGACUUGGAGAAACAGUCUCAGAAGUACUGCUCCGUCCACAAAGGAGAAAAGGUGACGAUUUUCUGUCAGACUUGCGUGGAGGCCAUUUGUGUUCAGUGUGUUGGGGCAUGGCACAGUGGGCACCAAAUGGGCGGGCUAACAGGAAGCGGUACUGUCACCGAAAAUGCAAGAUCUCUUCUUGUAGAGAGCAAAGAACAUGUGCAAGAACUACACAGGCUUCAGUGUGGGAUCGACUCUACCAUCCGCCAAGUUGACGACUGUAGAGAGCGGAUAGAAAACGGGAUCAAGCUAGCUGCACGGAAGGCUAUAGACGGCAUACAAAGGAAAGAGGCACAACUCAUGCAAGAGCUUGAGGGGAGGGUGGGGCAUGAACGGUUGGGCCUGGAGCAAGAAAGGCGGGAAAUUCAAACUGCGAUUGGGGCGGUAGCGGAGGGAUGGAGAAUGGUGGAUGGAGAGUAUUCCACUAGGGGGCGUGAACGGCUAUACGAAUCCAUGGGGCACCUGUCUGACAAGGUGGGCCAAGCGCAGCAGACGGUACGGUCGACUUCUCGCGCCUACCAAGUCGACUUGAGGUUUAUUCCGUCAGAGUAUGAGAGCGAGGAUCUUCUUGGAAGUCUUGUGGUCAACAUUGGCGGGGACGUAGAGAUGAGGGAGCGGCAUUCUGGGCGAUACCAAUCCUCGGGUAGGGGAGAACCCAGCUCUGGUGCCACAGGGAGGGGUACUUGGUCCCAGACUACGUCCAUGUUCGACGAUGUAGGGAGAGAGGGAACCACAAGGUGGCGCUCUAGCACGGCAUCUACGACUGUAAGGAUGGAAGACAGAGCUGGUACAAGUAAAGAAAGUGCCCUGUCGCCUCAUUCAAGGAGUAAGCUGUGGCUUGAGGAACAAGACAAAGAAGAGGGUGAGGUACACAAAAGCGGACGAGCCCUUACCCCAAGUGUCCGGCCUUCACCUAAAGCUAAGAGUAGGCCCAAACCCAAAGGCGGUACCAAGAAAUCAAGCGAAGAUGACACCCAAGUAAAGAAGAAGUUAGAAGUGAAAGUUAGUGAAAGUCCAGCUAAGACCACGCCAGAAGCCGCGACGUCGUCUACGAGGGGAAAGAAACGUGGAAGAAAGGAGGAAGACGCCUUGCCACCAAAGGACACUCCCAAGAAAGUUAAAGUUGAGGUAGAAGAGCUUGUACAGUUUGGCGAAAAGGGCUCUCGCAACGGACAGUUCAACGAGCCCAACGGCGUGGCGUGCUCAAAAAAUGGCGAGAUGUUCAUAAUCGACAGACGGAACAAGAGGAUCCAAGUGUUCGACAGUGAAGGAAAGUUUCGCAGAAAGUUCUCCACCAAGGUGAAAGGAAAGGACAGCGACCCACGAGGUCUCGCGAUAAGUUCCGUGAGUGGCGAAGUUUACGUCACCGAUUCGAAGCAGAAAGUGGUGAACGUGUUUUCAUCGUUGGGAGAGUACAUUAGAAGUUUUGGUGCGGGGGUGGUAAGUAUACCGUGCGGGAUAGCUGUGGACAACUCUGGACGCGCGUUCGUCGCCGAUAUGGAGAACCAUCACGUCACAGUCCACGAUCCAGAAGGGAACGUUGCCAUGGAGAUCGGGUCCGCCCAACGAGGUGACAACCACCUGCACAUUCCGCUAGGCGUCGCUCUUGCCCCGAACGGCGACGUACUCGUCACAGACGGCUUCUUGCGUUGCAUCAAACGUUUCGGUCCAGAUGGAUCAUUCCGGUCCAAGUUCGACUGUCCCAAAAAUGACGAGAGGUACCAAGACCCCCGAGGUAUCUGCGUGACUCCGCUUGGUGAUGUCGUUUCUUUCUCCGGCGGUGGGUGUGUGGCCUUGUUCGACCAAGAAGGCGAGGCAGUGCGUCGUCUGGUCACCCAAGAAAACGGACUGGAGGCGCCUUCUGCAGUUGCCUACCAACCCGAAGGGCGGCGCCUUGUGGUCACCGACACCAAAAAGCACAGCAUCACAAUUAAAACAAUCUAA